AUGGGUGUUAAAGGUUUGUGGGAUAUUGUUGCUCCUUCUGGAACAAGGGUAAAGCCGGAAACCUUGGAAGGACAAAUAUUGGCUAUAGAUGCAAGUAUUUGGCUUAAACAAUUUUUGAUGGGAUUAAAAGAUAAGGAGGGGAAAAUACCACAAGGUGCACACUUACUGGGUUUUUUUAAAAGAUUAUGUAAGUUAUUAUACUAUGGGAUAUUGCCAGUGAUAGUUUUUGAUGGGACUCCCCCAGAUAUUAAGAAGAGAACUUUGGAGAUAAGAAGAAUGCAACGAGAAAUGUCAGAAAUUAACAUGAGAAGGGUAGCAAAUAAAUUAUUAUUAAAUACAAUAAGAUUGAAAGUUGCUAGAAAAGUUAAAGAUAAGGUACGAAAAAAAGAUAAACAAAUUAGAGACGAAGACAAAGAUGAUGAAUAUAAGCAGCAAAUUGAGGGGGAGGAGAAGGAAGAAGAAGAAAAGAGCGAAGUAAUAACACUGGACGAUAAAAAUAUAAUUCAAUAUAAUAAUAAAAGAAAAGCAAGUCAUUCAAUAGAAGAAAAAAAUGAUUCAAAAACUCCGAACUUAUUUUCAUCGGAAGAUGAAAAUAAUAGUAGCGAUGAUGAAGGUGUUUAUGGUAGACAAAACCAUAAAUUUAAGAAAUAUGGCAGAUACCGAAUUCAACAUUUAACAAAUGAAAAAGAUGAGAAUUCACAAGGCACAACAAGUUAUUUUCCAGUAAUGGGAUUCUUAAGUGAAAGAAGAAGAUUGGAUGAGAUGCCAGAAAUAGAUACGAAUCUGUUUUCAAUGCCAGUUUCAAUUAGCACAACUCACAAGUUAAGUUCAAAAAAGCUAACUAAAAUUGAAGAUUUUAAUGCGUUUCUUAAAUCUAAUGAAUUAGGUGGAGAUGAAAGGAGAUUAAUGGAUUUACCCUUAGAUACAGAAAUAGAUCCACAAGUAUUUGAGCAAUUAAAUUCAAAGCUUCAAUAUGAGAUUUUGAUACAGCUCAGAGACGCUUGGAUAAAUGCUUUAAGAAGUAAUGCAGUAGAUACUAAAGACAAUAUGAAUCAGUUCAGUAAUUCCCAAAUUGAAUGUUAUUUAAGAUAUUUAAGAAUUAAUCAGGAAAUAGAAAAAUUAAAAGUCAAAAUGGCUAAAGAAUGUGAGGAGGAACAAAUAGAGUCCUCUAAUGAAGAAAUUAAAGUUAUUGAGUAUGGCCAAGUUUACGAUCCUGAUAAUGAUAAUUACAAUAAUAUACAGGAAAGUUCUUCUAGUAUAUUCGAAGAUCAAGGUAAAGAGAUUAUUAACGAAGAAUCUCAUACUUACCAUGAUCAGGAUAAUUCCACAUUAACUGGCAAAAUUAUCAAUUUUUCUAAAAACAUUCAUACUGAUAAAAAUGAUAUUGAUAAUCAUCAGGAUUCUUCAUUAAAUUGUAAUAUAUUAUCAAUGAAAGGAUAUCAUAAUUUAUCCAAAAUUACAAAGAAAGAGAGAAUUAAAUUUCUUCAAAGUACUGACUAUACAAAAAGUGAAAAUGUUGUAUCCAAUCCUUUAAAUACCCCAUUAUUUGAUCUUGAGAAGCUCUUGAAUAUGGAAACUACCCAAGAAAUUCAUAUCAAAAAUAUAGCAAAAGAUGUAUUUAAUGACUUUAAUGAUGUUGAAAGGCUUGAGUUACUGAAAGAAAAUGUGGAUGAACUAUUUAAUAUUAGUAAUCAAUCAAUUAGAAAUGAUGAAGAAAAAGAUGACGGUUUUAUUGUGGAUAUUGAGAAUCCAGUUUCCCAAGAAAAAGAAGAUGAUCAGACUAAUCAAGCGGAUGAAGACGAAGAUUGGCAAGAUAUUGAAUGGGAAAUUCCAAGCACAAUAAAUCGCCAAGAAAAAAGCCAGGAAUCCAUCAAACUUGUUAAAAAUAUGAUCCUUUCAAAUAAUCUAAUGUCUAGCAUUGAGUCAAAACUUGACAGUAUUUUGGAAACUGAAAAAAAGCAAGAAAAAAAUGAAUCAAAGGAAGAAACCCACUUAAUAUUAAUAGAAUCUGAAGAAGAAGAAAGUCCCGAAGAAACAAAAGAACAAAUAGAAAUAGAUAAACAAAGAAUAGACACCCACUUUAUUCAAGAAAAGUCUCUAAAUGAAGUCGUCGACGAAAAAGAAAAAGAAUUUGAAGAAGAAAUCGAAGAUUCAAUGAAACAAAAGGAUUUAAAAGAAGUCGAAUUUAGUCAAAUUGAGGUUCAAGAACCUAUUUUUGACAGUGAAAAAGUAGAAAAGCAAGACCAAUUGGACGAUACUUAUUUAGAAGAUAUUAAAGAAAUCAUUCAAAAGGAAGACGAGCAAAUGUUAGAUGUAAAUUUAUCUGAUGACCAUUAUACUCUAUACGAUAAAAAUUUAGAUGAUAUUUUAUUUGAAUUGGAGAAGGAACAAGAGGAAUUAAGCUUAGAAUUUAGUAAGCAUGAUAUCAUUUUGAAUUCAGAAGUAACAAAAGAAAUGCAAUAUCAAAUAUGUCUAUUAUUAAAAGCUCUUGGAAUUCCAUGGAUUGAUUCACCAGGUGAAGCAGAAGCCCAGGCUUCUAUUUUAACUCAGUUAAAUAUAUGUAAUGGUGUAUUAUCAGAUGAUUCUGACUGCUUAAUCUUCGGAGCAAAAAAAGUGUUUCGUAACUUCUUUUCAGGAAAUAGUAUUGAAAUGUAUGACUUAAAUCAUGUUAAAAAGUUUCUAAGAAUUGAAAAACAAGAACAAUUCUAUAUUUUAGCAAUCUUACUUGGAUGUGAUUAUACUGUAGGUGUUAAUGGAAUUGGGCCAGUUAAUGCCGUUGAAGUACUUAAAGCUUAUCCACACCUUGAAGACAUGAUAUUAUUUAAAAAUUGGUCAAUGAAUAAAUUUGAAGAUAAAAGCAGUGAUUUAGUUAAUGAUACUUUUGAAAGAGCCGAAUUUAAGAGAAACCAUUCAAAUUAUAGACAUUCUUGGAUAUUUCCUCCUGAUUUUCCAUGUUUUGAUGCAAUUAAUGCAAUGAGAAAUCCAAAUAUAAUAUCAGAUGUUAGACCAGUUUUUGGUAAAAUUGAUAAGAAUUCUACAAUAGAAUUAAUGACCAGAAAUACUAAUUUAACAUAUUUAAACAAACAAGAAUUGAUGGAUUCUUAA